GCUUUCAGAAAAUUGAAACUUUUUUUUGUAUUGAAACGCUUAUUAAAUUGAUGAGUACCAUUUGGAUCAGUGUGGUAUAUUAUUGAUAAUAAAUCCUUACUCAUUGUUUGCAAUUCAAUUAUUAUACAAAAGGGAGAAAUAAAUAAUAAGAUAGGAAAAUGAGAAAGAAAGAGAAGAGAAAUGAGAGGUUGAAGAAAAAUGUAUUCAAUAAAAGUAUUCGAAGGGAUUGAAUGGAGGAAGAACAGCUGCGCCAACUUAUUGCUUCCCUAUGCAUCCUAUCAAAAGAAGGAUCAAUUCCAUUGAACACGAUCAGUGUAUUGGUCAAUUCAGCGCCAUGUGAGAAGUUGGCCUAUCAUUUGCACCAGCGCUGGCUGUCGGAGCAAAAUUUUGCAAAAAUUGCUGCACAUAUCAUUUUGCAGCGUCAGCAUAUGUAUGAGACGGAUCUUGGCUUAUUCUCCUGUUGUUUGGCACAUAUUUUGUCGGAUUUCCGAUCCAGGCAUCAAAUUAGGAAGGGAAAUAAACUUGUUUUCAGGAACAUUGUUCGAGCGAUAUUAAAUUUCUAUCCUGUGUAUAGAGAAAUCGAUGCAACAGUGAGUGAAUGUUUGGUCGAACCGAUGUUUACUUCAUUGGAAGAACUAAUUAAUGAUGAUGCCGAUGAAAGAGAUAUCGAAACUGCUGCGGAACUGAUCAUAGAUCAUGGCGAUACGGUACUGAGGAUUAGACCUGGCAAGUGCGAUAGUUUUAUUGUGGCAUUACGGAUACAUCUUUGUGAAAGUGAUCUCAAACCUGUAACUCGGCGACUGAUACUACAGGCCAUUGAUUUGUGGACCUAUAGGUGGGACAGUGAAAUAAUGCCUUUCUGUAUCAAACAAUUCUAUGAACCGUCCAUGCAGUUCACCAAAAAUCCUAAAGAAGCAUUAAAAAUACCAUCGGAAAGCAAAAAAAGGAAAGUGUUAUAUAAUUGUGUAUUUGUAGAAAGGGAAGUUCCACUAUUAGCGUAAGAUUCAAAGUUCCGAUAAUUUAUCAACCAGUAUUUACUUAAACUUAUGCUACUUUUUCCAGCUAUGUAUGCGACUAGUAGACCGCAAUAAAACUUUUGACGAAC